AUGAGGCUGCGCAAAUAAUAGCCACAUCGGGAAAACUGACGGGAAGCAAUCGGAAUUGGCUGUGAAGAGGGGCUCGCUUACUGUUGGUUCUCAAAUGUCGAACAGGUGGCGACACCGAAACCGCUACCUAUGUGUUACAUCGAGUGAAUGCGAGUGCGUUCGCUUUCACAAAGCUCGUUUCUCGGCAGUUGAGGCGCGAAGACGUCCAAUAGGAUUGUGGCUAGCCCUUCAUCACCACGAACAAGUCGGUUGUGUACUGCGCUUGGAGCAUCCCCAGGUCAAGCAUUCAGAAUCGGAAGCGAUCGUGAUAUGGAGUGUGGCUGAAGAAAUAGAGCUCUCGAUACAUCUGUGGCUCGCUGAUUCCAAUGUCGCCAAGCUAGGUAGGCUUCCUUCAACUCUGAUAUCCAUGGAUCCACCUUACUAUUGGGCUGUGCCUGACGCCCACGCCUCCCAUGUAGGAGUCGACAGGCUACCAACCUCAGCGCGCGUACUAUCAUUGUCGUGAGGGUCGUAAGAAUUGACGAGAAACAAAGCUGAAAGAGGGCCGAAGCCAAGUAGGAGUUUGAAGCGAUGCUCAUUG